AACCUGUUUCAUGGCCUUGCAGUCUGUGUCAUAUGACGUUCUAGGAAGACUUCAACCUGUUUAACCAAUCACGGUUCAGCGAACGAUAGCCUGGGAAAAUUUAAACUUCUUCCGUUGUUUGGGUUAGGAUGUGCUAGCGAAGUAAGGAGUUCUUUAAAACCUUCUAUUAUAAUUAUACUGUGACUGAUUUCUUCAGAGUAAACAACAGCUAUGAACAAGAGUGUCAGGUAUCCACCAUCAAAUGAAGAAAUAAAAUCCAAACCAUCAUUCUGGAACCGUAUUCUUGGAUUAUCACGAAAAUCACACAUUAAGGAUAAGAAAAAAGAAGACUGUUAUAAUAAACAAGGUACUUUGCAUAGUAGUUUCCGAACCAUAAGACCGGCGUUACAAAAUAGCAGUAACGAAUCGUCUGAUGAAGGAGGAAAUUUUACAACUCUAGAAUGUAGCGCCUUCUUAGAAGUACAUAAAGAUGCUGGUAUUUUAUUUUUGAACAAAGAACCUUUGCAGAAACUGGUAUCGAAAGAAGAGAAUAAGCAUGUACAGUUCGCACCUACUCCUAUGAAUAAAUACUAUGCCAUAGAUAACAAAGCUGCUCCUUCUCAAAAAGGGAACAGCGAUGAGGACAAAGAGAAUAUGGACAUAUAUAAAGCAAUGAAACCGAUCCGUCCAAUACUCAGAUUUGAGAAAAACGAUGAGAAUGCAAAGAAAGAUUUAAAAUUUGGUGUAAGAAAUAAAAAAGUAAGCACUGAAAAAGAAUUGGUAAAUGUGACAUAUGUAGAAGGUCCUCAGGUAAAGAAAACCCCUACUUUUCCAAGAACUUCCACAAAGGUUACCUUAUUUGAUAGGAAAAAUGCAUCGUUACCUCAGUUAAAUAUAUCAAACAUAGCUAGGUAUGGAUCUCUCCCAAGAACAAUUAAGGCUGAAGAAAAAUCAAUUUCUGCUAGUGAAUUUUGCACAGCGGCUGAUGGAAAUGAUACCAAGGAAUCCUAUGUGUCAUUGCACAAGCAAUAUAUUCCAGUGCUUAGUAAAGACAGAUUGCAAGCAGAAUGGCACAGACGUUCGUUAAGGAACACGAAUACUUACAGGCAGAGUUGCUAUGGAGUUUCAGACCCUUCAAGAGUAAUUGAGCAACAGACGAUAAACCAUAAUUUAUCAACAAAAACUAACUUUCACAGACUUAGCAUAGGUCCAAAUAUAAUGCAUUCUCGGGUAACAGAUUUAAGAACUACGGCUUCGGGCAGAUUUCAUAAAAGUAUGACAUCAAAGUAUUCUGAUUCAAAUAGAUCGAUUCAAACUGGUGCUGCAGUUGCACAAAGUACUUCAGGACAAGCUACGAAUAUUGCUCACAAAAGUAUGUUCUGGCCAUCGAAACUGCCUGAGAAAGCACACAGAAAUACUAAAGAAGAAACUAAAGCAAAAAUUCCAAAUAAAGCGAUAAAUGAAAUUGGUUUACCUGUAACUACCCAUGGUAAUGACGGACUUCGCGAAAAGAAAGGUCAGACAUCAUGCAUGAAUCCUCAUUACAUUCCUCUUUCAGAAAUGUAUUCUAAGAAAAAUGACAGAAACAAAGUACCUGAUGUUACAAACAACACUGAAACGAGUCAGAAUUUAUCAAAGUGCAAUGUUGCCAAACCAUACAAUUUAAACCCGCGGCUUUUCUCUCAAGAAAACAUUUCAGGUAACAUACUGGUGCCUGUUAGUUCCUGUUGUAAUAGUACAUACGACAACAGAAAACAACUAACUAUGAAAGAGAACAUAUCAAGCAGCUGUAAAAUUGACAGUUCUGUAAAUAUUAGCGAAAAUAAGAAGCAAAAUAUCAAAUUAGCACUGUAUAGUCAAAAACGAAAAAUUGUUAAUAAAAUGUGCAAGUACAAAGCGAAAGAAACAGAAGAAGGGUUUUCUUCAAUGGCUGAUGAUGAAUGCAGUUUUAACUGCAGCUGUUCCAGCUGUGAAUCACGACUUUCAAUUCUUAAAAAAAGAAAUGCACUAAGAAGUAUACCUCAGAGUAAAGAAAAACUUUUUAUUAGGAAAAAUGAAAGUGACGAGGAAGAAAAGUCAGUGAAGGAAAGAGAAGUUCUUGGAACUAUAUUUGAACAGACAUGUGCCGUUGAUCAAGUCGAACCAUCAUCUAGUACAACCUGGUAUGAAUGUAACGAUUCAUUGUGUAAAACACCCAUUGUGAAAGCUACUUCUGAGAAAGAAACGUGUACCACACCUCAAACCAUUAAAAUGUCACCUUCCAAGCAAUCCGCAGGAAGUAUUUAUGAAAACAUUACGCGGAUUAUAAACAGCGCCACUAAACGUAAUUUUAAGGAAGAAGAUAUUAAAAGGGCAUUUUCAACACCUUUAUCUAAAGAAGGGAAAAUAAAGCAAGGGGUAAAUUUAAGUUUUAAUGGGAAAACAUCCAGAACUCUUUUCCCACAAAAACAUGGGGAUAAUAAACCCGAACGAAAUCGGGAUGAAAAUGCUAAAUUCAACACACAUGAGAAAUCAGAAAUAUUUUUUAAUGAUUCCAUAGUACUUCUGCAAGAAAUAUUUCAAAAACUCUCUCAGGAAUGCCGAGAUCUCCUCCAUCCUUGUAGCUCUACGUCGAUUUGCAAUGACAACACAAGCAGUGAUGCAUCAGAAAAAUUAAACACUACUACUAGUAAAUAUGCAAAUGACAUAUUUAAGAGUCUGCAUUCCAGAGAAUUAAGCGAAGACGCUUUUGCUGAUAUUAUAGGCGGUAUAGCGCAGAAUAUUUUUCUAGAAACGAAAGCGAAACGCAAAGUAAAGCGUCUAACACAGUCCAAAUCUCUUCCGAAUUUAACUCAAAAGGAAAAUACACAUAAGGUCAUUUCAGCCGCAACAUCCAUGAGACACAUUUGUGGACCGGAGAAUAAUGAAAGAAAUAAAACUGAAAACAACACAGAAAAAAUACAACAGCAACAUUCGCAAUCAGGAACAUCCUCGGCUAACGACACAGAUCUUGGAAGUCGCCAGUUACCUGAUGGCUGGAGCAGAACUCCAACAACCGAUAGUACCCAAACCAGCAACAGUAUUACAUCUGAUAAAACACCAAACAGCGGAUCACAGAUAAGUGAUUUCAAGUGCACUGCAUCAGAAUUGGAACUUUUAGAAAAAGUGAUCAGGGUAGGAAUGGGUCUUCCACCAGAUGAUAAAGUACAUAAGAUCCCUUUUUACUCUGCAUCGCCAGCAAAAUCUAAGAAAUAUAAAUCUAAAGAUGUUCUGAGUGGAAAAGGAAAACUUAAACUGAAAAUUUACAACAACAGUGGUUUGGUGACUGUACAUGUAAUGAGGGCAGCAAAACUGGACUGGAUAAACGGUCGUGAAUUGAAUUCUUAUGUGAAGGUGUCUAUGGUACCCGACGAAGCAAAACGUGUUCACUGGAGGACUACUGUUCAAAAAGAACAAAAAAAUCCGGUUUACAACCAAAAGUUUUCUUUAUUUCUUUUUUUAAACAGUGAAUUAUUAGACGAAGAUAUUUCAAAAAGGCUGGUAUUUUCUACGUGGCACCGUGAUUAUACAAAACAGAGAAGUGAACUAAUUGGCUGUAUGUCUUUCAGUGUAAGGCAUGUUAUGGAUAAUCACCACAAUAUUGAUGGAUGGUACAGACUUCUAAGAGAAGGUUUUGGAACACAAAAGCAUUUUGCCGCACGUACAAAAAAAAAUUAACUGGCCCUUUGAUAUAAAAUAAAAUUCUGAGAAAUAGUAUAGGUUAAAAAAAGAGUACUUUAUGCAAUGAAAUUAAAAACACUCAUAAGUAGCUGAAAAAUAAAUAUAAGCUACAAAACGCUGUAAUUAACUGAUGAUAUCAAUGUUGUUAAAAUUUUCAAACAUAUGUAUGAUGAUCAUUAUUAAAUUUAAAAAAAUCGAUU